AUGGCGACUAUAUCCAACAUCCUGUCGCUGCCCUUCCGCAAGUCCACCCAGCUGUCGCUUUCCUCGACGAUACGACAGUACAUCAACACCAAAUAUGACCAGCACCCGGACAUGUUUCGCCAGGACCUCGAGGUCAUUGACGCCCUGCGACGCGAUGCGGUCAACGUGAGGGAGCCGCAUCCUAGCGGUAUCAAGAAGCUCCAGGCGUACGCGGGACAGCUGGUGUGGAUUGGCGGCAAAUUUCCAAUCGACAUCGGCGCCGAGUUUACGUGGUACCCGGCUCUGGGCUACAACACCGAACGGCCGAUGGUGCGAAACAAUCUCAAGUACGAACUCAUGAACAUCCUCUACAACCUCGCCUCCCUCUACUCCCAGCUCGCUGUCGCGCAGUCACGAACAGGCACCGAAGGCCUGAAGAACGCCGCUGGAUACUUCGCCUCGGCGUCUGGGGUGUUGGAGCACAUGCAAAAGGAAAUCCUACCCGAGCUGCGCAUGUCUGAUCCUCCCGAGGACAUGGACGCCAACACCCUCGAGUCGCUCUCGUAUCUGCUUCUGGCGCAGUCCCAAGAGUGCUUCUGGCAAAAGGCCGUUAUGGACGGGUACAAGGAUGCCAUCAUCGCUCGUCUCGCCGCUCGCGUGUCGGACCUCUACAACAUGGCGGGGGAGGCUGCGAUGAAGAGCGAGGCCAUUAGUUCGGCAUGGAUCCACCACAUGAGCGCAAAGCACCAUCACUUCGCCGGCGCUGCACAAUAUCGUGCCGCAUGCGACUGUCUCGAGAAGAGGAGAUACGGUGAAGAGGUCGCUCGUUUGCAGGACGCUGUGGGUUGCGUUAAUGAAGGUCUGAAGGAGAGUCGUGGUGGCUACCUCAACAAGGCGGUGCUUGAGGAUCUGAACGGUCUGAAGCGCAAGGUUGAGGAAGAUUUGAAGCGGGCCGAGAAGGACAACGACGUGAUCUACCUUCAACCCGUCCCGCCAAAGUCGGAACUCAAGAUUCUCGAUAGAGCCAACAUGGCUGUCGCCAGGGUGCCUCCGCAAGUGGCCAACCCCUUCGACUACCUCGGAGACCAGGCCGAGUUUGGCCCUGCACUAUUUACAAAACUCGUUCCGUUCUCCGUCCACGCUGCUAUUACGAUAUACGAGCAACUCCGCGAUCGCAUCGUAAACGAGAACAUUAUCGGACAGAUGGAAACACAAACCGAAAAGCUGCAUGCUAUGCUGAGCUCUAUCAAUCUACCCGGCUCACUACAGGCCCUAGAAAAGCCGCUGGGCCUGCCGCACAGUCUGGUGCAUCAUGCGGAGGAGAUACGGCAAGCGGAUGCCAUCGGCCGCAUUCAGCGGGCGUUUUCAGAUAUCGACAAGUUGCGAACUGCCGAUCUCGCAGUCUUCAACGAAGGCAAGGCGAUCCUCGCGGCAGAGGAGGAGGAAGACAACCGAAUGAGACGGAAGUACGGCACCGAUCGGUGGUCCAGACCUGAUAGUCGAAGCGACCCCCAAGGAAGCCGGUUCUGGGCUCAGGUGGCUGAGAUUGAGGGCUACUUUGCGAGCAGUACGAGCAGUGAUGCUGUGGUCCGAGAGAAAUACAGGGAGGUCCAAGAUCUUCUCGAAAUGCUAUCUGGAUCGGACCGGGAAAUCAUGGAUUACGUGCCUUCAUCCAGGCGGAUGGACAUCCCAGAGCCCUUGAAGCCGGUGAUAGGAAGGCUUCGUGGAGCUUAUAACGACGUCCUCCGACUUGAGUCCAAGAGGAGAAAGAAGGCAGAGGCGCUGCGAGAGAAGGCCAGAACGGAUGAUAUCAAGCCGGAUAUUCUCAAAGAAGCAGCACGCCUCGAGAGGACGUACCCGACGACGGCCAUCGUGCCGGCGCACUUCGAAGACUUCUUUGAGAAGCGUCUUGACAAGCUGUACGAUGCCGAGAUUGAGGCUGUCGCGAAGGAAGAAGAUGAGCAGGAGCGACUCAUGUCUGAGGUUCAGAGAGUCAAUCGGGAGUUCGAGAGUCAGAAGCGAAAUCUGGCAAGCGGCAGCCGCGAGCGCGAGCAGGCGCUGCAAAGGCUUGACAACGCCUACUACAAGUACAAGGAGAUUGUCAACAAUGUCGACGUUGGACGAAAGUUCUAUAAUGACUUGAGCAAGGUGGUGGGCCAGAAUUUCCGGGAUCCGGUCAAGGCGUGGGCUGCGGAACGGCGGAUGGAUGCCAAGAGCCUCGAAGAAGAGGUCAGCAUGCCGCCACUCAGCUCCCUCAACAUCAACAGAUCGCCGGUCCACUCUCCGACUGGCUCAAGCUACGACCCACGGUCUCAGUCUUACUUCAGCGCAAGCGUCGUUCCCGGCACGGCGCCACAACAGCAGCAGCAAGCCCCUACACGGCAUGAGGUACACUCGCCCCUAGAGGCUCACAUCCAAUCAUGGGCCGGCUCGACCGUCGAGCCUCAGCACCCGAGACCCGCAGCCGCCAUGUCCAGCAUGUGGCAGCCCGACAUGGGCAUCAAGUUUGGGGGCCAGCCCGGUGCACCGGCACCGGCACCUGCAUCAGCCAGCGGACAGCCGCCGGUGCAGAACACGGCGAACCAGCCGCCGCAGCCCCAGGGAGGUACAUGGAAUCCCGGGUCGGGGAUCAAGUUCGGAUAG